AUGUGGCUGCUCGCUCAGCACCCAUACGAUCAGGAGGCAUACCACUUGAGUCCCCGCCACUGCCUUCCCGUGAAAAUGUCACGCAAAGUCACCGGACCUCACUCGGCAGCAAUUCCGCUUUUCGCGAGUGUUAUCCUUUCAGUAUUAACAUUUGGAAUUGCGUGCUGCAUCGUUUGGUCAGUAGCGGUUUGUGGCGCCUCGGAUGUCGAAGAUGCCACCGACGCAAUCACCCCUCGAACACGGGAGCAAAUGCGUGAAGGGGCAUUAACAUUGCAGCACAAUGAACAAACCCCCUCAAGGCGACUGUCAGGUGGCGAUCCGCCUAGCGGCCACGACCGCCGUGGACAUUCGUCAGGCCUGGGGCCUUCCAGGAGUGGUGGAAACUACCGACCGCGGUUGCAGGUGCCACCUGGCGGACUCCCACCGCCUCAAGGCGUCUCUGACUCGUCCAUUGCAACGCUCCUUCAACAGGUUGCGACAACCUUGCAAUGGGCACACAACAUCUUAAGCUCCAUACAGCAAACGAGGAGGGGGCCAGAUCCUCCAGACGGUACUCGACCUACUGACGGUCGCCCGCGGAGCGCAGGUCAACCUCGCCUACAGCCGCCUCAGAUUGAGAGGGGACCACGCAUGCAAUUUCGGCCGCCAGUUGAUAGACGCGGCACUAAGGCUUCUAUGGCUUCCCAAACUCUUUCAGCGUAUUCACGCGGCGUGCAGACGCCGACAGCCCGAUUCCCAGGACUGACCCAACGGGACACUGGCAUGCUCCUGCCCAGCAGGCCUGCUGCCCCAUCCUUCCCUCGGUUUGAUGGCCGUUCACAGGUAUAUCAUUCAGGUUCUCAAGGAGUCUCCGGACGCGCGAGACCGUCCAGACUGUCUCAGCCAACACAGUCGAAUUACCCUGGAGGUCCUGGCGAUUCACAGCCACCCGCUGUUGCCGGUGCAGGUGUUCGUGAUCCCCGCGUAUGGCCGGUGGCACCACCUAGAGUGACUUCGAGUCAUGCUGGGACGACCUUAGGACCACGUGAGCUUCCUCCUGACAGUUUGCGAGUCCCUUUCCCGAAAACUGUUGGAGCUGAACGAAGAUCCGUGCCGCUAUGGCAACUGGCUGUCCAACAACCCCCACAGGACGAGAGGGGGCCUUUCCUUGCGCCCGGAGACUUUUCACUGUGGUUGCCCAGUCCGUUUCGCGGUGUCGAUCAACAGGAUGCAGGCGCCAGAUCACUGUAUACAUGGGGGGAGAGUUUUGCUCGCGAGUCGCUGGCGGCGGCCCCUCGUCGACGAUAUUCUCCGCCGUCAGAACCCCCUCAGCCACUAGGUCUUUCGGAUUUGUACCGCGAUGCCCAAAUACAAACAGAGACGGAGAUCCAACUGGCGCCGACGCUGCCCGAGAGGCGCGAUGCUUCCACCCAGACACCCACUCAUCUCUAUAGUCCCACCCCAGAAGGCGUAGCGUCGUUUGAACGAUUCGCGCCGGCUACUCCCGGGCAACCCAGGGCAGUUUCGGCACCGCCUCCAGAACAUCACGUGCCGUCCGUUUUGGCUGAAAAGGAUUCAGAAGCGCCGGACAAAUUGCCCGACCCUUCACUCACCACUCAUUUGAAGUUUUCUGGAACGGUGACACCUUCGUCAACUCAUGAAAGGCUGACGUUGAGCCAAGACAGCCUCGACGACAGUCCGAAACCAACGCGGCGUUUAACAUACGCACAGACAGCUGCUGGGCCUUGGACUGGGCGUGAAGUAAGUGCACCUGUUUGGAGUAGGAAGGGAACGCAAGCGCCCGUGGUCGGGGGGACCGGCCGCCUAUCGGCUCCUCCGGAGGGGGUGGUGAAACCGUUGGUGUCCGCUCCGUGGGAAUCAAAGACCGCAAGCGAGGGGACCAAUGGCGAGGCGACAGCAACGUCCACGGCAGCCCCCACCCCCGGAGAAGCACAAGUCAAGGCCCCAUAUCCUGUAGAGUCCUCAAGUGCAGCGAGUCCCCGCCCCGGGUUACCUAGGCCUGAGCAACCCCGCGUUGGUUCAUCCAGGAAGCCGGCCCGCCGUCGCCAAGUGGGGACUGCAAUUUCCAGGGGGGUCGUUCGGUUGUCUGAGCCUACACAUGGCCCUACUGGUCUUGCGCUAGGAUACGCGAGGUAUCGCUCAUCUGAAUCGGGGAUGCCUUCGACGAGAGGACCGACGAUUUCUUACCGUCCAGAAUCCGGUGGCGGUGUACGGAAGCCGUCGCGAUCCGGAAAACUUCCUGCGAGGCGCGAACAAGCCGCAGGUCCAGCUCGGCCCCGCCGCCGAUCACACGGCGAUGGUCACGGCAAGGAUGGUGCAAGAGAGAAGGAACCUCAACCGCCUGUCACCGCACCCGUCGACACACAUGGAGAGGGCGACCGCGACACGAGGAAGGCCACCGAAGCAGAACUGAAAAAGAAGCCCUCUUCCCCUAUGGCGGUGGCCGCACACCCGAAAGCGGAAGAAAGUUCCAAAGAGCCACCAGGUCCUGAGCCGACUCCGAUAGAGUGUACGCCGUUACCGCAAACUUCACCUGACACUGGGUUUGAUCAGACCCAGAAGCCAACCCCUUCACCAGACGUGACCGCAGAACAGAGGGGAGAAGCAGAUGCGCCUCCGCAGCAGGAGCCGGCAGCUGGUAGGCAGCAACCGCCCGCUGCAACCAGCGGUGCCGACGACUCGAGGCACUCGUCGCCAGAUCGACGCUCGGUUUCAAACUCUCCGACAGGCGACUCGGAACGUGGCCAGGCCACUGCGGGCGACUCUGGCGAGGCAGAGGCCGUCAGUGAAGUAGCGUCUGUAGACACGGGCGCGGCGGAAAGCGCGCCGCCUGGAGGGGUCGCUGAGGCAUCCGUCACUACACCUACGACCGCAGGAGCUAGACGGCGGGACGCGAGAGGGGGGAAGAAAAGGCUCAGCCGACACGCCAUGCAGGGAGAUAGACCUAAGGGAGGCGAAGACGGCAAGCAGGAUCCGACUCCUCCCCAAGGUCCUGAAUCACCUCACAGAGCUGCGGCAGGGCCCCGAGAUACGAGUGAGUCGGGUGCCGGUCAGCAUGCAUCUGUGGCCGCGGCGGGAGUCAAGGGCCAAGAACAGCAAACGCACACGGAGAAAGAACAUAGUCAAGAACAGAAGGAGGAAAAAAGCGAUGCGUCACUUCCUAGUAAGGCUCCGACGCCAGCGGCGGAGCCACGGCCUUCGUCUGAGGCGGUCGGUGGCGCAAGGCCAAAAGUGCCAAGCGAGAAAGCGGUUGGAACGAAGAAAAGAUCGCAUAAAGCCUCAAGAAAGGGUCAUGCUUCCCAUGCCGAGGGUCGGCGAGCUUCACCGCACCAUCAUGUUUCUCCGUCGCCCAGCGAUGAAACACACCUGUCGGAAAGUGUAGGGACGUUCUCGACGUCACUGGAAACGGAUCAAGAAGCUCGUCGUCAGCGCCUGCAAAAAUUGAUUGAUAUGACAGCCUCUCUAAUAGGCCAAGCGGAGGUCGUUGAUCCAGCAAAGAUGGGUUUUUAUAAACUAGAGGAGUCAGAUCCAGACAACGUGUCCCUUGUGAAGCUCGAGGACGCAGAAGCCGAGGAACGUUGGACGCCUCAAGAUUCCAAAACCAUAGAAUACGCACUGCGUUACCAGGUCGAUUGUUUGAACAAGGCAACGACAUUGCGGAAGGCGUUGGAGAGAACUCUGAAAGAAGUACAGGCAUCAUUGAAGUUGAUUCAACUACGCAAGGAAGCUGCCACUGGGGAUGAAUUGAGUGCUGAGGAAGUCGAUAAGAUUGAGCAGUUACACAAAGGGUGGAGAGAACUGCGGCGCCUUGUGCUGUGGCUCGAGGAUUACCGGUUGGAGAGGAAAUCCAGACGCGACCGAGCGAAUAGACUUAUGUUUCGAACAUAUUUUAUCUCACAUCGCCCAGCUGCGCGUAAAGUUCUUCAUGCUGCCAUAAAGGCAAGGCUGCCCGCACAGACUGCUCAGGCUCUCGAGUCCUCAUCGCAGCAAAGCGAAACUUCGACCCAUUCGCCAGAAGCGGCUGCAGCGGCUGCAGCGGCUGCAGCGGCUGCACCUCCAGACAGCCAGGCCAGUGCGGCACCCUUAACAAGUAGUGAAAGCGUGGAAACGAGCUCCGGGGCAGAGGGGGGACAGACAGCCACCGGCGGUCAGGCAGAAGGCAGGCCAGACACUAGUCCCCAUUCGCGGGCAACGAUGCAGCUACUGGACGUACUCGAUGCCUUGCGGGUCAGCUUAACAGAACAAAGGCUUGUCGCAGGAAAAGCAUUAAUAAAUCUUCUUCACGAUCCUAGUCCUCGGGCAGUGACACUUCGUACGAAUCUCGUGGCCCGUUUGGGGGCGGCGGCACAGGAAGCGGAGGACAUACUCGCGGGUGCGUUGUGCAAUUCUGGUGUACUUAACAAGGAGACCUUGACAAAGGCAGAAGAGGCGCUAGAGGGGCUGGUUUUGAAGUUCAUCAUCAUGACCCGACAACGAGCUCGAGUGGCUGUACAAGUGAUCAGGGACAACAGAUGGGACCUCCUCGAUCGGUGUCUAGCAGAGGACGAUGAAUUCCAAGCUCCUUCUGAACAGAAUGACAGUGACGAGGAGCUGCUCCAAUUUCCGGAAGAGCCUUGAAGCGCUUCGCCGACUGCCACAAAUUUGGUGGACCCCGUCUGGCUUCUUGAGAGUUACGAAUUAUACUUGCGUACCUCGGAGGCAAGUGAAGAGACGAGGUCCUCAAUGCCCGCUUCUAUUCGGCUGUGAAGCAUCUUCACCAACCACCCGGGAGUCCAGCGACGCGAUGCGAUAUGGACCGGUCACAUAAACGUUGGCUUGGGUCAAAUAUGUUGAUCUCUGUACAAGUGUUGGUCAAACCGGUGCCGACGAGGAGACGGCGCUAAUUGUUUUAUUACGCGCAUUUCGGAAGAAGGACUUACACAGGCAUGUGGUAUGAUUGUGACUUGCAUGCAUGCAGGCAAGAGUGAAGAUGAUGCCUUCAGCGCAUUUAAAGCACGUUACGGUU